AUGUAUAGUAAACCCUUUUCGGAUAAAGGAAAUUUCACAAUACAUUUACGUACGCAUACGGGAGAGAAAUCGUAUCCAUGUGAAUUUUGUAACAAAACCUAUUCGGAUAAAGAGAAUUUGAAACGACAUUUGCAGACGCAUACACAGGAGAAACUGUUUACAUGCGAGUUUUGCAAGAAAUCCUUUUCCCAGAACGGUGAUUUAAAAAUGCAUUUACGUACGCAUACGGGCGAGAAACCGUAUGCAUGUGAAUGUUGUAACAAACCCUUUUCGGAUAAAGGGAGUUUCAAAGCACAUUUACGUACGCAUACGGGAGAAAAACAAUAUAAGUGUGGAUAUUUUUUACAGAUUCUUUCUCAGAUUGACAAGGACGUCAAGUUCAUCAGGACGGUCGAUUGGGGUGUACGGAGCGUCAUCUUGGCGACGCUGGCGUCAUCACUCAACAGCCAAUAA